CACGUUUCCACAGAUGGUGGUGAUUUGCCUGGCCAUACUAAGUGUGGUAGCGGGUUCUGGCUAUCGCUCCUCCCUGGUCGCGCACUUGACUGUUCAGCUCAGGGAAGCCGAGGUCAACACAUUCCACGACCUGACUGAACGCAAGGGCUGGCGGUGGGGCAGCGAGCCUCUCCUGGGGGCUUCGAGGUCGUACUUCGAGCUCAGCACGGACCCUGAUGUCCAAGAAGUAUUCCGGCGCAUGGAGACACACGAGCUGGAUGAGAACAUGGAAAUGGUGCUACAAGGAGGCUAUUCCUUCAUCACAACGAAGUUCCAGAACACGGCCGUGGUGGCGCUGCGGUAUACGAACGUCCGUGGGUACUCGCCUAUUCACACCAGCCGUGUGGAGUAUCCUAAGUUUGCAGGGACUUCUUGGGGACUGAGGAGAGGUGCCCCAUUCCGUCGGCAAAUUACAAGGGCGAUGCAGCAGCAAAUCGAAGCGGGGCUUAUUGACUACUGGCUCGGGGACGUGGUCAAGGCCAGAGUCAUAGAGGAGAGAAAGGAUACAAACAGAGUACAGAAGAGUGCCGUUUGGAAUUACAAACCUGAUGAUGACAACAGCCGUGUUCCUCUAACCGUGGGCCAUCUUCAAGGAGGUUUUUACCUCCUGAUCUUGGGUCACUUCAUCGCACUCGUCGUCUUCGUUGGGGAAAAGUUCUGCCCUUUAAGACUACUAGUAUAGAAAUAUUCAAAACGUAUUUUUAAGAUAGGUUUCGUAGUUUUUAAAUGGAGAGAUUGUAACUUGCAUGCUCACAUUUUCAUUUUUAGUAAAACUCGAGUGCGUAAUGUAUAUAAUUAAAACAUUUAGUUUCUGUUAUAUCAUUAACAGAAGUGUCUAGAUAUUUAUCGCUAAAUAGUAGGGCCGAAAAUUACUGUUUCAGCUCUUGCUUUCACCCACUAACUUCACUGGAUAAGUAUGGACAUGUUAGUCGAGAGUAUUGGCAAUAAAGUAGAAAUAAUUACCAUUCCUACAUCACCUACAAUACAAUACUAUAUGGCUGUAGUUUUCGGGAAUCUGUAUCCGUUUUUUCGCCCUUGAACAGUAUUAGAUCCAUUUCUUAAUGAUUUGAAAACAACAUAUCAUGCCGGUAACCUUGUAUAAAUAGCAGGGUGUUAUUUGUACAAUUUUACCUGACGGUGAUUGCCUCUUAAAAUUGAAAUUAUAAUUCUCAGAAAAGCUGGUGCUCAUUGGUGGUUCUUGCUGUUUGGGGGAAAAAAAAAUCCUACACAAAGCCACUCUACUAUACCUUAACAUGGAAUUCAAACUAUGACACAUCACAGUCGAUAAAAUUUAGUUUCAUACAGCUAAGAAAGGUUCAACAGAGAUCUCAUUUCCACACCAGAAUUAUCAGUUCUUUAAAAGAAGCGUCACAAAAUAAAUAUGAAACCAGAUAAAUUGCUAAUCAUGCCACUUUGGAGAUGUUACCUUAAUGAUUGACAGGCAUAUGGUAAUGUUGGCAAUCAGCAAAUGUAUCCUCUGUUAAUGUAUGCAGAAACAACCUUAAUAACCAAGUAAAAGACAGGUAAUUGGUCCUUGUAAUAGAUUAUAUAACAACUAUGGUAAAAUAAUAUAGAACCAAUGUCAUGUGUAUUAAUGUUAACAAAUUAUUGAAAAUAAAUGAGGAUUCCGUUAGUUCUGUAAGAAGAUAGAUUGCAGAGGUAAUUCAGUAAAAGCAUUAUAAAGCAUAUGAAUUUUUUGAAAAACAGGUUUCCUUACCAUCUUAACUGCAUAUCUCCCAAACAUUU